AUGGAUUAUCGAGUGGCUGCUGCUAUUGCCGAGAAAAAUGAGGGAGAGACCUACUUGAUUCAAAUUUUCGAGAGACUCAACUUGACUGUUGAUGACAUUCUACGACAGCACGUUGAGUCAGUGGAGGCAAAAGCAUCGAGAACUGCUGAGAAAGCUAGCACAACUGAGUACAAAUCAAAUCGAAUUGAGUUAACGAAAAAACGUCGAGCAUUACGCUAUCGCAAGGAGCAAUCCGAAGGUGUAACGUAUCAAUCCCAAAUGGGAUUGAUCAGCACCCCGGUUAUCAACGAGACAUUGAUGGCAAACGAUGAUGCAAUGGUAGAUUUGGGGAAUGAAGAGUAUGAAGUAGUUUUUUUCGAUUUAGAAACAUCUGGACUGGAUGCAAAUUGCAAUAUCCUUCAAAUUGCAGCCGGAACUGGAUCUGCAUCGUUCAAUAUCUACAUCAAGCCUUCCAAACCGAUUGAUCCCCAUGCAACACAAGCUCAUGGUCUAACCAGUGUCUCAGGAGAUCUAUAUUUACAUGGGAUUCGUGUAGAGACAGUAAGUCUGCGUAGUGCUCUGACAUCGUUCCUUGCUUAUCUCCAGAAAAUAGAGAAGAAAUGCAUAUUAGUAGCACAUAAUCUUCGUUUUGAUGGACCCCGUCUCCUGAAAGCAAUUGAAAGGUUGUCUCUACUGAGUGAAUUCCAGGCAGUUGUCACUGGUUUCGCUUGCUCUUUAGAGAGCUAUAAAAGGAAAAUGAAUAUAAAAAAUUCAAAUGGCGGUGCAUUGAAAUUGUCCACUCUAGCUCGUGCACAUGUGAAACAUGUAGAUGAAGGGAAUACUCAUAAUGCUUCUUAUGAUGUGUACCUGUUAAGGCAUUUCGCAUGCAACGUAUUUACCCUAGAAGACAUUUUGUCUCAGCUCAUCACGGUUCCUGAAGCGCUAGAGAGGUAUCAUGCUACCAGAAGAGUGAAAGAGACUGUCAAUACCUUGUCAGCAUUGUCUGAACUGAUCCCAAUUGCUUUGAGAAAAAAGAUGGCUGAAGCUGGAAUCGGUUUCGAUAAUUUAUCUGAUGCUUACGUGAAAGAUGGAAGGGACGGGGUCGUUAAAUUGCUCAAAAAUAAGAUUGAAUAUAAACCUCGUACAUUCAAACUCGAAGAUAAGUAUCAGGACAUUGUAAAGUACUUCGAGAAGUCAAACAAAUAA